AUGGAGUCGAACGUUGGCAGUGUAACCGCGGUUACUGCGGUUACCCACAGGCUAGGGACUGGUGCGGAUGGGUCUAUCCGCGAAACCGCACCGCGGAUAAGCAUUUCCACGGAUAACUUAUCCGCGGAUGAAAUUCCCACGGAUACCGCAGUUUCUGCGUAUCCACAAAAAACAGCCGGAAAUUUGCGGGACUAA